AGAGAGAGAGAGAGAGAGAGAGAGAGAGGAGAGCGGCACCAACAGAAGAAAAAAGGUGAAGGAGGAAAAGGAAAGGGGAGGAUCGAUCACAUCCUCCACAGCACAUUAGAAGCAGCAGAUCAAUUAAGCUUCCACUUUUAAUCCACGAAAUGUGCAGCUGCUACGCCGCCGUAGCGCACCCUCUUCCUCGGACCGGCGAAUCUCUUCAAUCUCCCUUCCUCGCUUCCUCCGUACUGCGGCCGCCGCAAUUCGUCUCGUUCCAGAUCGGUCCCCGUGGUUCCGUGCGGGCGUCGCUCAACGAGACCAUCGAGGAGCCGGCGGUGAGGACCUUCUACGAGCUUCUCGGCGUACCGGAAACCGGUACGCUCUUGGAGAUCAAACAAGCGUAUAAGCAGCUUGCCAGGAAGUACCACCCGGACGUGUCUCUGCCGGAUCGGGUGGAGGAGCAUACCAGGAGGUUUAUUCGGGUCCAGGAGGCCUACGAGACGCUGUCGGAUCCGAAUAGGAGGGAAUUGUACGACCGCGACAUGGCCAAGGGAGUUCACCUCGCGUUCACCGCCCGAAGAAGGGGCAAAUUCGACGAGCAAAUUGCAGACAAGAGUGAAUGGAAGAGCCGCUGGCAAAACCAGGUGUCGGGGCUGAAGAGAAGGAGCAUGCAAAAGGAGAGCGUCGACGAUAAUCCAUUAUCGACGUGGGGGGCAAGAAUGCGACGAGAAAGGAACAAACGGUUGUGAGAUCGAUUCGCUUCGAUGCUCUCUUGCUGUGUGUGAGUGAGUAUAUAUAGUUAAUAAGAGACUUUUCUUCUCUUUGUUAUUUUUAAUUGCAAUCCAUAUUUUUAUACAUAUAAAUUAAUUGUUGAUAUAUAUAUAUAUAUAUAUAUAUAUAGCCCCUUUUAGGUCAUUCAUGCAUUUUCUGAAAAUGUAGCAGCAUUACACUUGUAAUAUUUUGUCUCUUUAGCCAAAAUUAGAGAAAAAUAAUGUAACAUGAUAGAUGAUUGGUUUACUUCUUCCCACAAAUUCUUACCACAUACAUUCAUUGAUUGCUUCAUUCCUUCAUAGUUAUCAUUUGCGCAAGGUGGACCUGGACGUGUCGGGAUUUGAACCAUGACUUCUCCCUACACCACCAAACCAUCAUUUACGGGCGUGUUGUCUUAUUUAGUAUUGUAUGACUUUGCAAUUCAAGAACAAACACAUUCAUUCAUUCAUUCUAUUGCAAAUUGCUCUUCCCCUGCUGCAGCUGCAUUAUA